GUCACAUAUGUUUAUUGCACUAAUUUUUUAAACAACUUGGUAAAUCAUGGAUAAUAAUAAUGCGGAGCAGGACACAGAAGCUGCCUUCAGACGUCACCAGGCAAUCGUGCCCCAGGUGAAGCAGGAAUACCAGGAAGUGAUUGAGCAGCUCUUUGCGAAUUUGAGUCCCUCUGAUCUUGACUCUUUUGCCGCCAUCAUCGAGGAGCAGGAAUCCUCGAGCGUGGACACCGAGAAGUUGGUAAAUGGCGCUCGAAAGAUCAUGACGAAGGUCGUCCUCGAUGUCAACCAGUGCUUCUUCGCCGGCAACGAUGUGGACACCAAGCUGACCACCCUGGAGAUGCUCAAGGAGCACUAUGCUUCGCACGAGGGAAAGGAAUGGAACUUUCAUAGUUUGUCCCCCGAAGAACUCACUCGACCGCUGCGGAUAAACAGUUUGGAUUUGAGUAUUCGUUUCAUGGAGCGGCAGCUUAAGACCCAGGAAAAGGAACUUGAGAUUGCAAUGGCCAAAAGCAUUAAAAAUCGACAGCGUAUACAUGAUGUGCUAGCUGAGCGAAAGAAAGUUGAACGUUUAAUAAAUGAGCGGAUGGAACAGUAUCAUGAAAUUAAGCCAAAAUUAACCGAAAUGGAGCAGUCAUUAAAUGAUUUGCAUUUGCAACCGAAAAUGUAAUUUAUAUUAAGAAAUAAAGAAGAUUAUGUUUG